AUGGAAUAAGAUUCAAAAUAGAGUUAGCUCAUUUCUCCUAUAUAGAAAGCAUAAUAAAUCUUAGAUUAAAGUGAAACACAAAAAGCAAAUGAAUCUCAAUAAAAAAUGAUUUCGAAGAGCAGAAUCUAGAAAUUUAGAACAGAAGACUUUUCUUUAAGGAAAAAACUUCAAAAUUAAAGCUUUUAUGGGAAAAUGAAAGUAAUAUGUAAAGGGAUGCAAUAAUACAUUUACAUAUUGUUAGAAGACCCUAACUCUUCCUUAGUAGCUUAUUGCUUGCAAUUCCUUUUACUAACAAGUAUAUUGUUAUCUUGCAUUGCAAUAAUUGUAGAUUCUCUAAUGGACAACAAUAGUAAUUCUCAGUAUGAUGAAAUUUCAUUUUAUCUAGAAUAUUAUCUCUUCAUAUUCUUUGGCUUAGAAUACAUAUUGAGAAUGUUUAGUUCAACGGCUUUUGAUUAAAAAUUAAUGGGAUUUAUUUUAUCUCCAUUGAAUUUAAUAGAUUUACUUGCAAUAAUGCCUUUCUUAUUUAAUCUCAUUUUUGAAGGGGCAAGUUUGUCUGGAUUAAGAGUAAUUAGAAUUAUCAGAUUCAUGAGAGUAUUUCGGCUAUUUAAACUUUCGAGAUUUAUGAAGGACAUGUUAAUGAUUGUAGAUACAGUGAAGCAUUCAGCUAAAGACAUAAUAAUAUUGAUUACGAUGUUUUUCUUUAUGGUUUUAUUUUUCUCCAUAGUUGUGUAUUAUUUGGAAUAUGAUGAACGCUAAAUCGUUGAAGAUGAAUAGAAAAUUCAUUCUAUAUCUGAGGCAAUUUGGUGGUGUAUUGCAACAAUGACAACAGUUGGAUACGGUGAUAAGUUGCCCUUGAGUAUACCAGGUAAAAUGAUGGCUUGCAUAGCAGCCUUUUUUGGAAUUACGUCUAUUUCAUUACCUGUCGCAGUUAUGGGAAUGAACUUGACUUAAACAUUGAAAGAGCAUGAAGAAAAUAUAGAAAUCUAGAAAUUGAAGGAUCAAUUUGUUAUGGAGAAUGAUACAGAAUUGAUCAAUAAACGAGAAUAAACACAAUUAAAUCUGAAGGAAUUGAAAUUUAUGGAAAGAAGAUUAGAAUAACUGUUAGAAAAUAACUAGAAGGUCAUGGAUUAUGUUGAAUAAUCUCAAUAAUUAUUUGAUGAAGUGACCUAAGAUCUUAUGAGCUUAUAUUCAGCUUUGACUGAAUAACUGGAUCUUCAUAUUGAAACAAAAAUGAAGAAUUUGAAGGCCAGACAUCGAAUAAUGAAAAUGGAAAAGAAUCUUAAUCAAAAGAAAUCCAUCGAAUUGAGUCAAAUUGUAUCUGCAUUCAAGGAGAAAUAAAGGUUGAUUUCUUAGGGCUCAAUUCUAGUGUGUGAAGAGAGCCAAGCGGAUGUUUUUAGUAUUGCAAGUAAACAUAGUAGACAAAGUAAACAAUACACAACAACAAGAAAGAACUAAAAAUUAAGAAGCAAAAAUAGCAGAGGCUCCUAUCUAUGUGUCAUUAAUAAUAGCAACCUAAAUCCUUUUAAAACUUAGACAGAUUUUAAUGAUCCUGAUUCUCAUUAAAAUAGUAUUAUAUAUGCUCAGAUCAGUUCAAAGAACUCUGUCUUAAAUUAAGAUGCGCUAGGUGGUAAUGCUGAAUUCAAAUUCAAUUUGGAAGAGUCAAGCGGUAAUAUAGACGAAGAGGAUGACAAUGAUAAUAGAUUCGAUCUAAGCAGUAAAAUGCAAAGUAUCUCAAACAUUUAAGAUUUUAAACUGAAGAAUAGUAUUAAAAAUAAUAAUAUAUUAUGA